UUGUCAAAUCUUUUUAAUUACUUUAAAAGAAUAAUUCAUUCUAAUAUCAUUAAAAAUAACGAAAUAUAUUUAGCUGAAAAUUUGAUAAAUUGUUUAUCUAGUUAGCUUAAACUAAAAAAUAGAUCUUUGAAUUUAUCCUUAUUAGUUAUUAUCGAAGUUUGACAGCUUCGUUUUGUCGUCUGCUAAAGCUUCAUGCGGGUGUAUGUAAGUAAACAAUAAAUUAAUUGUCGAGUUGGCAAACAUUAUUCUAAAAUAGAAGUUAGAGAAAAACCAUGACUUGUAAAACAAAAAUAUCAUAAAGUGGUAUAAUCAAAUAAUAAUUUAAAAAAAAAAAAAAUAAAAAUAUGGAAAACCAGGCCCUAACGUACGAAUAUUUCUACAUUAUCUUUGUUGUUUCUUUUUAUUGGAUAGUUUCUAUUUUUACAGUGUUUAUCAAUAAAGCUCUACUAUCAAGUCAAUCAGUAAAUUUAAAUGCUCCUCUUUUUGUAACGUGGUUUCAAUGUAUAGUGAGUGUUAUUUUAUGUUUAAUUCUCAAAGGCUGUGCUGCAUUAUUUCCAAAUUAUAUUUAUUUUCCCAAAGGGCAACCUUUUCAAUUGAAUAUCGCUAAAAAGAUUUUACCUUUAUCCAUUCUCUUUACUGGAAUGAUAGCAUGUAAUAAUUUAUGUUUGAAAUAUGUGGGUGUUGCGUUUUAUUAUAUAGGACGAUCUCUAACCACAGUAUUUAAUGUUAUCUUCACUUUCACUAUUCUCGGCGAGAGAACAUCUUCAGGAGCCGUUGUUUGUUGUUUAAUAAUUGUUUUUGGAUUUUGGCUUGGUGUCGAUCAAGAGAGUAUAGCUGGUUCUUUAUCAAUAAUUGGAACUGUUUUCGGCGUUCUUGGCUCAUUGACACUUUCUUUAUAUUCCAUUCAUACAAAACAAGUUCUUCCAAUUGUAAAUCAAGAAAUUUGGCUACUUUCCUAUUAUAACAAUGCCUACAGUAUAAUUAUUUUUAUUCCUUUGAUACUCAUUAAUGGGGAAUUCAAUGAAAUAAUGAAAUAUGAAAAAUUUAAUGAACCAUUCUUUUGGGGAAUUAUGAUUGUUGGAGGAAUUUGUGGAUUUUCUAUUGGAUAUGUUACGAUGCUUCAAAUAAAAGUAACAUCACCAUUGACGCAUAAUAUCAGUGGAACUGCAAAAGCAUGUGUACAAACGGUACUCGCAACUUAUUGUUACAAUGAAAGUAAACCAAGUUUAUGGUGGGUGAGUAAUUUUGUCGUAUUGUUUGGUAGUGCAGCUUAUGCACGUAUUAAACAACUAAAAAUGGAAGAAGAACACAAAAAGUACACGUUACUUGAUGUGAAAUCGAAAAUUUAGUAUAUUUCAAAAAAGACAUCAUAAGACUGAAUUGUAAAAAGAAAAAAUUGUUAAUUAAUUUUUUUUUUGUUGCGUAUAUUAGAUUUUUUUUUUAACUUUUUCGAAGAUUUUUUUUCAAAUAAAAAAACUUUAUAAGAACUAUAAA